UCUCCCUGUCGCUUCUGGCUCUGGAGACCCUGGUGCGGAUCCUUGACCCCCGGCCGCCGACUCUUCCUGUUGGAUUAAAGCCGCCGUGUGAGUGACAGUUGACUGGUGACCGAUGGCGGAGGGUGUGCGCCCCGAGGACUUCUGCGACGAGCUGGUGGAGGACGAGUUUGGGGAGAUCAUCAAGUGCCGCUCCGAUGAAAGAGAAGAUGUACAGAAGAAGACUUUCACAAAAUGGGUAAACUCACAGCUGGCUAAGACUGCAAAGCCACCUGUGGAGGAUCUGUUCUCAGACCUGUGUGAUGGACGACGGCUGCUGGAGCUGUUGGAGGGUCUAGUGGGUCACGACCUGGUGAGGUUGGAACGGGGGUUCACGCGAGUCCACUCACUCAACAAUGUCAACAGAGCUCUGCAGAUCCUGCAGAAGAACAACGUGGAAUUGGUGAAUAUCGGUGCAGCAGACAUUGUUGAUGGAAACCACAAACUGAUCCUUGGGCUCAUCUGGAGCAUCAUUCUCCACUGGCAGGUAAAGGAUGUGAUGAAGGAUGUGAUGGCGGGCCUACAGCAGACGAACAGUGAGAAGAUUCUGCUGAGUUGGGUUCGUCAGAACACUCGCCAGUAUCCUCAGGUCAACGUGGUUAACUUCUCCAGUAGCUGGAAUGAUGGAUUGGCCUUCAAUGCCCUCAUCCACAGCCACAGACCUGAGCUGUUUGAGUGGAGCUCGGUGGAGGCGAAGACGUCGGCGAUCGACAGACUGGAACAUGCUUUUAGCAAGGCGGAGCAGCACCUGGGGAUCGAGAGACUGUUGGAUCCUGAAGAUGUGGCUGUGCCUCAUCCAGACAAGAAGAGCGUCAUCAUGUACGUGACGUCGCUCUUCCAGGUGCUCCCCCAGAGCGUUUCUAUGGAGGCCAUCCAGGAAGUGGAGACGCUCCCACGGGCGGCUGCAGGCAACGUCACGCGAGUGACUGCUGAGGAGCACUACCAGAUCCAGACCCAGCAACGCUACUCACAGCAGAUCACAGUGAGCGUGGCUCAGGGGCGAGUGCGGAGCCCCUCCCCUCAGCCUCGCUAUAAAAGCUAUGCCUACACCCAAGCUGCGUAUGUCAAGUCGCCUGAGCAAAAGAGGAGGCGGUUUACUGAGCAGUUCCUGAGCCCGGGUCAGGAGGAGCUGCAGCGAGGCCUCAGUCCGCUACCACCAGGGUCCACCAGUCUGGAGAGCUACCAAGCUGCACUGGAAGAGGUGUUGACAUGGCUCCUGUCUGCGGAAGAUGGACUGCAGGCUCAGCCACCUAUUUCUAACCAAGUAGAGGAGGUGAAGGAGCAGUUCCACACUCAUGAGGGCUACAUGGUGGAGCUCACCACCCAUCAGGGGAGCGUUGGACGGGUGCUGCGGGCCGGCGCCGCCCUGCUGGCUGAGGGGAACCUGACUGAUGACGAGGACUCUGAAGUCAGAGAGCAGAUGAACUUGUUGAACUCCAGAUGGGAACAUUUAAGAGUGGCAAGCAUGGAAAGGCAGAGCAGACUCCACGAGGUUCUCAUGAACCUGCAGCACCAGCAGUUGCAGCAGCUCACCGACUGGCUGGAUGUGACUGAAGCACGGAUCAAGAGGAUGGGCGACCAGCCUUUGGGUCCGGACCUGGAGAACAUCAAGCAUCAGGUGGAGGAGCACAAGUUACUACAGGAGGACCUGGAGUUGGAGCAAGUAAGAGUGAACUCUCUGACCCACAUGGUGGUGGUAGUGGAUGAGAACAGCGGAGACAGCGCCACUGCUGCCUUGGAAAGUAAACUUCAGGUGCUAGGUGACCGCUGGGCAGCCAUUUGUCGAUGGACAGAAGAACGCUGGAUUUUGCUCCAAGAGAUUUUACUAAAAUGGCAGCACUUCACAAACGAACAGUGCUUGUUUGACUCCUGGCUGACACAAAAAGAAGAACAAGUUCGCUCACUCAAGACCUCCAACCCGAAGGAUCAAGUGGAGACAGCGGCAUGUCUCCGUCGUCUUGCGACUAUCAAGACAGAGCUGGAGGUGAAGCGUCCCACCAUGGACAAGCUUUGCUCCAUGAGUCAGGACCUGCUGUCCAGUGUCAAAAACAAGGAAAUGGCCAGCAAACUGGAAGCAAGACUGGACAGCUUUGCUCAGCGUUGGGACAAACUGGUUCAGAGUCUGGAAAUGAGCAGCUCCCAGCUCUCAACUGCUGUCAGCGUGACCCAACAGUCCGAGGUGACCCACUCGGUGGCGGCGACUGUCACCAAGGUGACUGCCAGAGAGAAGGUGUCAUCUGUGCGCCAGAUGCGCGAGUCCCCACCACCACAGAAGAAGAGGCAGGCGGUGGUUGAUUCUGAACUCAGGAAGAGUUUCAUGCACCCGUUUCUGCUCACUUAUCUCAGCAGGUUUGACGUGGACUUCACCGAGGUCCACAGCUACAUGACCCGUGGCGAGGCCAUCUUGCAGAGUCCAGAGUUCUCCGUGUCACGAAAAGAUGGCAGCAUUCAGGACCUGCACGACAAAGUCCAGGCGAUUGAAAGAGAGCGGCCGGAGAAAUACCGAAAGCUUCAGGAGGCAACACGCACAGCGCAGACUCUCGUCGAGCAGGAGGGGAGUCGUGCCGAUGACAUUGCGCAAGCAGCAGAGCAGCUGAACCAGCGAUGGGUGGGUUUCUGUGCCCUUUUGGCUGACAGACUGGCGUGGCUGGCCUACCAGACAAAGGUUCUGGCCUUUUACAACUUGUACGAACAGUGCGAGCAGGCGGUAGAAAACAGUGAAAACUGGCUCAAAGUCCAGCAGCCACCAGCUUCGGAACCAGAACCUCUCAAAGUACAGCUGGAGAGAUGUCGGGAGGAGGUGAUCCGUCUGGCCUCCCUGCAGCCCCAGGUGGAUCUUCUGGAGAAGAGGCUGAAAGAGCUGAAGGAGGCCAAGGAGGGAGACGAGGACCCGACAGCCUUCCUGGAUGCAGACAUCGACGCCUUUAAGGAACAUUACAACAAGGUUCUGGAGGAUCUGAGGGCGAGAGAGAAACAGCUUCAGCUGGUGCUGGAGAGUUUGCCUCCUGCGCGAUACAAGGAGACCAUCUCGACACUAUUGGCAUGGUUACAGCAGUGUGAGGCCAAGCUGGCGGUGCCGUCCACGGCCGUUACCGAGUAUCCAGUCAUGGAGCAGAGGCUGAAGGACGUCCAGGCUCUCCAGGCGGCUCUGGCUGACCACCAGGGAGAGGUGGACUAUCUCACGUCGGCUGUGGAGCAGGUCUUCCAGAAGGCUCCUCCUGACAUCAGCCAGAAGUAUCGCACAGAAAUGGACAAUGUCAUGGCCCGCUGGAGGAGACUGAGCAGCACGCUGGCAGAAAGUAUUCAGCGGAUCCAGGAGCUCAUGGCCAAGCUGCUGCAGUUUGAGAAUGAUGUGAAGACCCUGAAGAAGUGGAUGGCCGACGUUGAUGUCUUCCUGAAUGAGGAAUGGCCAGCGCUGGGGGACUCGGAAGCCUUGGAGAAACAGCUAGAACAAUGCACGGCCCUGGUCAAUGACAUCCACACCAUCCAGCCCAGUGUCAACGGCAUCAAUGAGGUGGGACUGUACCUCAAGAAAGAAGCUGAGCCUCCAUUUGCUGUCCACAUCCAGAAAGAGCUGGAUGAGCUCAACGCCCAGUGGGAAAACAUCUGCAAGCAGGCCUAUGCGAAGAAGUCAGCCUUGAAAGGAGGCUUGGACAAGACCAUGGCUCUGAGAAAGGAGAUGCAAGAGAUGCAGGAGUGGAUCAACCAGGCCGAGGAAGACUACCUGGAGAGAGACUUCACCUAUAAGACACCGGAGGAGCUUCGCAAGGCUGUGGAGGAGCUCAAGAGAGCCCAGGAAGAAGUACACUCCAAGGAGUUAAAGGUCAAACUCCUGACCGACAGUGUCAACAGUUUCAUCGCCAAAGCUCCGCCCACUGCCCACGAUGCCUUGCGCUCAGAGCUGGACGUGCUGACCGCCAAUUAUCAGCGUUUGUGUAGCCGCCUGGACGGGAAGUGUAAAACUUUGGAGGAGGUCUGGGCCUGCUGGUGUGAGCUGCUCUCCUACCUGGAGCAAGAAAAUGCCUUCCUGGACCAGCUGGAGCAGAAACUAGACGAGACGGAAAAUCUUGAAGGAAGCGCUGAGGAGCUGCAAGAGGCGCUGGAUGGGCUCGAGGUUCUGUUGCGCCACCCGGAGGACAACAGGAACCAGAUUCGGGAGCUUGCUCAGACUUUGAUGGACGGAGGUGUUCUGGACGAACUGAUCCAGCAGAAGCUCGACGCCUUCAACACACGGUGGGAUGAGCUCAUGGCGCGGGCGGGGCUGAGGCAGAAGGAGCUGGUGAAGAGUGUCCAGUGGGCCAGGGACAAUGACAGGACUCUGAGAGACAUCCAGGACUCUCUGCUCAAUACUGACCGCCACCUCAGCACAUACCUGGCCGACCAUAUUGAUGCCCAGCAGCUGCCACAGGAGGCUCAGAAAAUCCAAUCGGAGCUGAGUGGACAUGAUGCCACUCUGGAGGAGAUGAGGAAGAAGAACCAGGACAAGGAGUCAUCCAAGAGCAUCAUGGGACAAAUAGAUGUCACCCAGAAAUUAUUGACGGACGUGUGGACCAAGUUCAGACUGUUCCAGAAGCCGGCAAACUUUGACGCACGGCUGGCUGAGUGUGAGCGUGUCUUAGCAGGGGUCAAGGGUCAAGUUGGUGUGCUGGACAUACGCAGCGUGGAACAAGACGUGGUGCAGUCUCAGCUGGAGCAGUGCAUGAAGUUGUACAAGGUGCUGAGCGAAGUGAAGGGGGAGGUGGAGACGGUGAUCAAAACGGGUCGACAGAUUGUGCAGAAGCAGCAGACUGAGCAGCCGAAGGAACUGGACGACCGAGUGACAGCUCUGAAAUUACUCUACAAUCAGCUGGGAGCCCAGAUAACAGAGAGCAAGUUGGAGCUGGAGAAGAGCUUAAAGUUGUCAAGGAAGCUUCGGAAAGAGUUGAACGGACUCACCGAGUGGCUCGCUGCCACCGACGCCGAGCUCACCAGGCGCUCCGCCGUGGACGGGAUGCCCAGCGACCUUAGGGCUGAAGUCACGUGGGCUAAGUCCGUCCACGUGGAGACGGAGAGGCGGCAGCCGCAGCUCCAGUCCGUGGUGGAUCUGGCCGCUGCCCUCAAGGUCGUGCUCCGGGGCCACGGCGGCAUCGUGGACGACAAAGUCAGCCUGCUGCACUGCAACUGGAUCGCCGUCACAUCCAGAGCCGAGGAGUGGCUCAACCUGCUCCUGGACUACCAGCAGCAGAUGCAGAAGUUGGAUGGAGAGAUAGAGGAAGUGAACGGAUGGAUCAGUGGAGCAGAAGGAAAGAUGGAGGAGAUGGACAGCCAGGGUCCGAAUGACGCUGUGCUGAAGGUGCUGCGUGCAGAGCUGGAGAUGAUGAAGGGAAAGAUGGGGGAGGUCCGAGCUUUGGCCCAGGAGCUCAUGGCCACUAGGGGGGAGAACUGCCAGGCUCAGGUGGGACCGAAGGUGGAGCAGCUGAGCCAGAGAUUUGACACCAUCGCACAGCGCAUCAGCUCUGGACUGACGGCAGCGACUGCCAAGGAGCUGGAUCAGUACCACAGCGAGGCGCAGAUUUGGCUCAAUCUGCUGGAGGAUGAGGUGAAACAGGGGGAGAACCUGAAGGAGGAGGACUUCCAGGAGGACAAGAACUUUGAAGAAGGUGCUGUGAAUGAGCUGCUGACGAGAGGAGAGAAUCUACAGAAGAGGACCACAGAUCAGGACAAGAGGGAGCAGAUUAGACUGAAACACAACCAGCUUAGCAGCAAGUACACCACCGUGAAGGAUCUGCGUGUCCUGAGGAACAGGAAGGCGCUGGCCAUCGCCCCUCAGUGGUACCAGUACCGGAGGAGGUCACAUGACCUGCUGGCCUGGCUUGAUGACAUCCAGCGCAGUGUUGACCAACUGCCUGACCCUCCUGAGGGGGAACGGGUCAAGGAAAUUGGCUCAGAGUUCGACAAGAAGAAGGAAGAGCUUAAGGAGGUGCAGGGUUUAGCCAAUCUGCUCUCUGAAGCGGGAGCCGCCAGUCUAGUGGAGCCCCGUCAACUCCAGCUCAAGACACGCUGGGUUGAGGUGGAGGGCAAGUUCAUACCCUUCAAAAGACAAUGUUGUCCCGACCUGCCCAUCACUGAUGAUGAAUAUCUCACGGAGCUGCAGGCGCUGCUGCGUUCGGUGUCGGAGACAGACUUCAAGUUGAACUCUCCAGAAUACUGGCCUGCAGCAUAUUAUAACCUGCCUCAGCAGGAGAAGUGCCUGAAGGAGGUAAAGGAGAGUAUUGACAAGCUCCGAGACCCUGUGGCGGAGGUGUUGAGCCGCAAGGAUGAGAUGGUCGCCAGUGCCCGUCCCCUGGAGGGUCAGAGGAUCCAAGAGUCUGCAACCCUGCUCAAAACCAACUGGGAGAAGCUCAAUAGGCUGCACCAGGACAGGCUGAAGCGCUGGCAGGAUUGCUACACCAAGUGGCAGAAGUUUGUUUCGGAUCAGAAGGUGGUGGACGAUUGGCUGAACGACGGGGAGAGCUCUCUGAAACUGGCCGAGAGCGAGCCGGAAGCGCACAGGCAGCACCUCAGGGACCUGACCGAGGCCAUCCCCAUGAAGGAAGUCGUGUUGGGCCGAGUUAAUUCUGCCGGGGAGGACAUCUGCCAGAUGAGCACGCCGAACGAUGCUGCUCAGCUCAAAACACAACUCAACUCACUCAACACGCGCUGGACGAACGUCUGUCAGCGCCUGGACGAGCGCAAGAGGAGGUCUGCAGAAGCUCGCACUACAGCUGCGGAGGUGCAGGAGAACAUGGGCUCCCUCUCAGCCUGGCUGGACAGGGCCGAUGGCGUCCUGGCCGUCCCCCUGCAGCCGGCCGAGCCACAGCACAUCAGGGACACUCUGGGAAAAGUCCAGGGAUGUGUCGAGCAGCUUCCUGCUAAGAAGGCUGCCGUGGAGGAUUUGAACCUGAGGCUGAGGCAGAUAACGCUUCCUGCGGACAAACAUAAAGACCUCAGGAUCAUCAACGGUCGCUGGGCGCAGGUGUCCAAGGCACUGCCUGAGCGCCAGUUGGAGCUUGAAGGUCUGCUGAAGGAGCUUGAGGCGCAUCAUAGUCAGAUGAAUGACUUGUCCGCUUGGGUGUCUGCCACUCGGGCGAAGCUGGAGCAGAACCCCGAUGACCCACCACCCAGACUGGUCGAGGAGGUGAACGCCAAGCAGCCCGAGGUUGACUUUGUUUUGUCACGAGCUGAUCGGCUGUUCAGAGAGAUGCCAUCCGCUCAUCAAGACAAGUUGAAGUAUGAGAAGAUGAAGGAAGACUGGACAGUCAUCAUGGAGUUGCUGCGACAGCACAAGGAGAGAGCCGCACUCUUAGCGUCCAGAAAAGCUCAUGAAGGCCUGACGGCAAGCGCCGCACCUGCAGAGUCUGCAGCUCUUGCUCAGUUUAAUAAAUCGUGGGCGGAGCUCACCGAUUGGCUGACGAUGCUUGAUAACAUGGUCAACAACAAGCGAGUGGUGGUCGCCGAUCUGGACGACAUCAACGAAAACAUCAGCUCGCUGAAGGCGUCUCUGCAGGAGCUUGCCCAGCGCCGCCCCCUCCUGGAACGGCAAGUGACAGCAGCUCAAAACUUGAAAAAUAAAACCAGCAAUCAGGAAACUCGGAACGCCAUCACUGAACGCAUUGACCGUCUCCAGAAUCACUGGGAGGACUGUCAGACCAAAGUCUCGGACAGGAUUAAACAGCUUCACAACAUGCUGCAGGACUCCACUGACUGGUUGGACGCCAAGAAAAGGGUGGAUCCACUCAUCCAGCAGGCCACCGAGAGGCUGGAGUCCCUGCAGGAGAUCACCUACUCGGUCGAGUCCCUAAAAAGACAAAAUAAUGAGCUGAAGCACUUUGCCAAUGAUCUGCAGAAGUGGCAGUACCAGGUGGACGAAACAAACGCCUUGGCAGACAAACUGCUGACACUGUAUGCAGAUGACGACACACACAAGGUCACUCAGGUCAACAACAACAUGAUGAUGACUUGGACUCACAUCAGCACACGUGUUUCAGAUCGGGAGGCGGCUCUGGAGGGGGCCUUGAAGUUGUUACAGCAGUUCUACCUGGACCUGGAGAAGUUUCUCAACUGGCUGACGGAGGCAGAAACAACCUGCAACGUGCUUAUAGACGCCACUAACAAGGACAGACUGCAGGAACAGCCCGAGGCGGCCCGGAGCCUGCUGGCACAGUGGAAGGAGCUCCAGGCGGAGAUUAGCAACCACACGGAGCUGUAUCACUCCCUGGAUGAGAAUGGUCAGAGGAUCGUCUCCUCUCUGGGAGACACUGAAGAUGCAGCUCUGCUCCAGAGACGUCUGGAUAACAUGAGUCAGCGCUGGAACGACCUGCAGAACAAAACCAUGAGCAUGAGGGCCCACUUGGAGUCGGAAAUGGCCCCUUGGAAGCGUCUCCACAUGUCCCUGCAAGAGCUUCUGAACUGGCUGAGACAGAGAAGCGAACAGCUGGAGAAAGAGCCACCAGUCGGCGGCGACGUGCCUGCAGUGCAGUCACAGUUGGACACACACCGAAGCUUCAGGAGGGACCUGAGAGCCAAAGAGCCCGUGGUGAACAAGGCCCUCGACGAUGUGGGAAUCUUCCUGUCCCAGCUGCCAAGAGACACGCCAUCACCCGAGCAGAGAGACAUCAGUCCAGAGGAGCGAGCUCAUAAUGUGGGGCGCAUCCUGCGUAAGGAAGCGGAUGACGUGAUGACCAAAUGGGCCCAGCUCAACAACAGCUCUGCUGACUGGCAGAGGAGACUGGAGCUCGCCCUCGAGCGCUUGAGGGAGCUGCAGGAGGCCGAGGACCUGCUGGAUGGACAACUGAGACGAGCGGAGAUGGCGAAAGAAGCCUGGGAGCCUGUUGGAGACCUGCUAAUUGACUCACUGUCAGAGCACAUUGAGAAAGUCAAGGAGUUUCAGGAAGGCAUUGCUCCAAUUCAGGAGGACGUUUCUCACAUGAACCGGUUGGCGUCCACUUUCGGCCCGCCCGACAUCCAGCUGUCGGCUAGCAACCUGGAGCGAAUUGAAGAUCUGAACACACGAUGGAGACUGCUGCAGAUUUCCAUCACAGAACACCUGAAGCAGCUGACAGAUGCGCACAAAGACUUCCAGGCAGGGUCUGUUGAGAGCCCCUUUGAGCAAGGCAUUUCCCCUAACAACGUGCCAUACUACAUCAAAGAUAACGUUGGACCUGCCGUGAUGACCCAGACUCUCCAUCAAACCCAGACGACAUGCUGGGAUCACCCCAAGAUGGCGGAGCUCUAUCAAUCCCUGGCUGACCUGAACAAUGUUCGAUUCUCUGCCUAUCGAACAGCCAUGAAGCUUCGGCGACUACAGAAGGCCCUGUGCUUGGACCUGCUGAGCAUGCCCACGGCCUGCGAGGUGUUCGAGCAGCACGGCCUGAAGCAGAACGAGCAGCUGCUGGACAUCUCUCAGCUGGUCACAUGUCUGACCAGCCUGUAUCAGCGGCUGGAGCAGACCCACGCCCACCUGGUCAAUGUCCCGCUGAGCGUGGACAUGUGCCUCAACUGGCUGCUCAACGUCUAUGACACGGGACGCACUGGAAAAAUCCGAACUCUGUCAUUCAAGACUGGAAUCAUUUCGCUCUGCAAGGCUCACCUGGAGGAUAAAUACAGAUUUUUGUUCAGGCAGGUUGCCAGUGCGACAGGCUUCUGCGAUCAGCGGCGUCUGGGUCUCCUUCUCCACGACUCCAUUCAGAUCCCGCGACAGCUCGGCGAGGUCGCGUCCUUCGGCGGCUCCAACAUCGAGCCGUCCGUCCGCAGCUGCUUCCAGUUUGCCAACAACAAACCAGAGCUGGAAGCAGCCAUGUUUCUGGACUGGAUGCGGCUGGAGCCUCAGUCAAUGGUGUGGUUACCUGUCCUUCACCGUGUGGCUGCUGCAGAGACGGCCAAGCACCAGGCCAAGUGUAACAUCUGCAAGGAAUGUCCCAUCAUCGGAUUCAGAUAUCGCAGUCUGAAACAUUUCAACUAUGACAUUUGCCAAAGCUGCUUUUUCUCCGGCCGCGUUGCCAAGGGACACAAGAUGCAAUACCCCAUGGUGGAAUACUGCACUCCGACCACAUCAGGGGAGGAUGUCAGGGACUUUGCCAAGGUGCUGAAAAACAAGUUCAGGACCAAGCGCUACUUUGCCAAACACCCACGUAUGGGCUACCUGCCUGUCCAGACCAUCCUGGAGGGAGACAACAUGGAAACUCCAGUCACCCUGAUCAACUUCUGGCCCGUAGACCAUGCACCCGGAUCGUCCCCGCAACUCUCACACGACGACACACACACUCGGAUAGAGCACUACGCCAACAGGUUAGCAGAAAUGGAGAAUCGUAAUGGCUCUUAUCUGAAUGACAGUAUCUCACCCAAUGAGAGCAUUGAUGAUGAGCACAUGUUGAUCCAGCACUACUGCCAGUCUCUGAACCAAGGUUCUCCUCUCAGCCAGCCCCGCAGCCCGGCCCAGAUCCUCAUCUCCAUGGAGACGGAGGAGAAGGGCGAACUGGAGCGUGUCCUCAACGACCUGGAGCAGGAAAACAGGAAGCUCCAGGCCGAGUACGACCGUCUGAAAAAGGCUCAUGACAGGAAAGGUCUGUCUCCGCUGCCGUCGCCCCCGGAGAUGCUGCCGGUGUCGCCUCAGCGAGCGCGGGACGCUGAGCUCAUCGCCGAGGCCAAACUGCUGCGUCAGCACAAAGGGCGCCUGGAGGCUCGGAUGCAGAUCCUGGAGGAUCACAACAAACAGCUGGAGUCGCAACUGCACCGACUGAGGCAGCUGUUGGAGCAGACGGAUUCCAAGGUGAACGGCACAGCUCUGUCCUCUCCAUCCACCUCAUCUCAGCGCUCCGACUCCUCCCUCCCCCUGCUUCGUGUGGCAGCCAGCCAGACUACUGACACCAUGGGUGACGACGAACUGUCCAGCCCUUCCCAGGAUGCAUCAGGACUUGAGGAGGUCAUGGAGCAGCUCAACAAUUCUUUCCCUCACAGCCACGGAGGGAGACGGGGACACCCAUGAGAGGUCCCAGCAUCGGGAGUCUCUUCCACAUGGCCGACGAUCUUGGCCGCGCCAUGGAGUCACUGGUCAACGUGAUGACGGACGAGCAGAGCGCCGACCAGCACGAGGCCCUGCCCUUCUGACCCCACCCAACCCCCCACCCCCGUGUCUCCCUCCCCUCCUAUCGCAUGCUUUUAUAGUCAAAACAACUGGAUUGGAAACACAGUUUACAAAGAGAAUAUAUAACGUCUAUUUUUGUGAGAGAUUGCAGUUCCAGCAUAAAAAGAUACAAAAAAGAUUAUAACGUGUAGAUUUGAGUAGUUUCUUAAGACGUCCUGGACUCGUUUUAUUAAUAAGAGAGGCUGGUUUUUAAACUUCUAUGCAAUUGUAUAAAGAACAUAGUGAGCGGGGCAGAGAGUGUCGAUACAAAUAAGUGUGUUUCGUGUGUUCGUGCCAUCUCUUUGUAGCCGUGAAGACGGGCAGAACAUUUGUACUAGGGUGAUUUCUAAGAGCAACACGUAUUUGUAAUAACAGCGUACUACUUUCAAGGUAAUGCAGGCAUCCUGGAUCUUUGCCGUACGUUGUGUGUGUGUGUGUGCGUGUGCUGAGCGUUGGUGUGCGAAUCUGAAGGUAUCAUUUACCGUGUUUUUAAAUCCUUCCAUGUCAUCAUCUUCAUCUUCCUAAAACAUUUGGGCCUUUUCCCAGUGAAGGAAUAUUGUCUCCUGACAAUGUUCUGAGGCAUCCAAACAAUGGUACGCGAGAAUAUACCAUACAUUCGACUGGCAGUUUGCUUCUCUUUCUUUGUCUUGGAUAAACACCUGCUUAUUAGCAUGGCUGUAGCAUGUUGGUCAGCCUGGAGGGUCUGGACUAUCUAAUAUUGCACUUCUAAGAAUUGAACUGUUGAAGGGAGUCAAACUUUUAGAAUACAUUUCCUGUCUGGUUUCCCACAGUUUUAUACAGUUUUUCCCAGAAGUUUAGGCAAUGUGGAUCCAUUCAUCCUUUCAAACACUAUUAUUAUUAUUAUGAUUAUUAUUGUUAUUAUCAUCAUUACUAUUUUUCUAAUCAUGGUUCCUCAAAAACCAAACUGCUUAGUCAUCAUUGCUAAUGCGAAUUCAUUCAGUUGACUCGCCUUAAUGCUAAUCUGUUCAAGGUAGAUGUGUUUCUCAUUUACAAUAUUGGACAUGAUGUUCAGUUUCACGACAAAUAUCUCUUUGCUUUCAAACAAAUGUGAGUUUUUUUGACCGCCAUUUGUGCUCUAAAGAAACUGAAAAAUCCCAUAAGUUACUUUUUAGGCCUCACUGUAUGCUGUCAGGUGCAAGACUGAGACAUGGCUGCACUGAAACGCAAUAUUCUGGUUGGCUCAAGAUGAAUGUAUGAAUGAAUGACCCUCCCCUUACGUGAUCCAGAGGAAAACAGGAAUGCUCUGCUCUUGUUCGUUUUGUGUUCAGGCUGCUGAGAUCCAGUAUUUCAAUGAGUUUGUGAGAAGUUCAGAUCUUUGUGGACUGUUGCACUGGAACAUUUUUGAGGGUUACUUUUACAUGACGAAUUGUAGGAUGGUCCUUGAAGAAUGUAAGGUACAUGCUACAAUUAAAAAUCAAAAAUUUUGACAAAGGCAUUUUCAUUUACACGACAAAUAGCUACUUGGCCAAGAAAAAAAACGACACCUUCUUCUGCUCCAACAUGGUCAUUUGAGCUGAAUGUUUUAUCAGGCGUCGAUAUUGGAGCGUUUCUAUGACUCCUGAACUCAAAUACAUGUGCACUACUGUCAUACCUGGAAUAUUGUUUUGAGUGUCUUUUUAGAGUGUAUCAUUUUGUGUGCGGUUGAACUGUUAUAUCAUGUGUGACACGAGUGAAACUCCAAAUUGAGAUAUGACAAGUCAGUAUCGGGUGGUUCACAUUGGUCACCUCAUCCCUGCGGAGUGAUUCGCCAGGUUUCUGUUCAGACACUGAAUUUUAAUUUUAUUGUUUGUCAUUCUGGCAUCCCCCUCGACCCCCUCGACAUAUCAGAGUCCACCAAAUAUAUGCCUUACUACUGUAUUAUAAAAUGCUUUACUGUAUAUCAAUAAAGCACGCAGUUAUGUUCUGAUAA